AAAUUACUCCAUAGUACCAAGAGACAUAUCACCUGGUGAACUUUCAUGUUGCUUUUGGCUUUUCUAACAACUACUCCCUUGUCUCUUUGUCCUUACGCAAGAAGAAAGUACCAGAUGGAUGGCUAUACCUUUAACAAAAAUCCAAAUGGUGGUUUUUUGGAGGUACUUGUUAAGGCUUUCCUUGCUAAUAUUGCAGUCUACAAAGAGAGGAAACACUGUAUUUCAGAAAAUUCCAUAUUAGUCUGAUACACCAAGCGACAACAAAUCAAUGACGACAAAAACAACCUCAUAUAUUGUCACCAAUGCAGCUAUGGGAAAGUCCUUGAAGAGAAGAGCCUUUAUUCUAUUUGACUCACUCUGCAAUAAAGUCCCAGACCCCAAACCCUGCUUUGCUCUGAAGCCACAAGGUUUAGCAGACUGGCUCACCAAGCCAGGAAAUUUUCUUAGUGGGUUUUCUGGGUUUUUGAUGUAAUUGAAAACCCAUCUGGGAAUUUGAAGUUGGUGGUGUACACGAUCAGUUCUCAAAGAGGAACCAAUUUUACAGUCUCUGUGCACAUAGUUUGCUCUCAGUUACUAAUGGCAGCAGUACAAGAAGACGGAUCUUCUGUAACUUCAUCAUCCCAUGAAUCCUCUCCCUGGAUGCGACGAUCUCCUGGGUUAGGAUCACCAUCCCCUUGGAUUAGGGAGCUUGGAUCGGAGGAGAGGGGUUUGUGUUUGAUACGUCUUCUGCAAGAAUGUGCUGUCCAUGUAGGUACUGGCAGUAUGGAGAAUGCUAAUCUCGGACUUGAGCAUAUUUCCCAUCUUGCCUCUCCUGAUGGUGAUACAAUGCAGCGAAUCGCUGCUUACUUCACCCAGGCACUUGCAGAUAGGAUGCUUAAAGGCUGGCCUGGUCUGCACAAAGCCCUCAAUUCAACUAAAUUAUCAUCAGUCUCUGAGGAAGUGCUUGUUCAAAAGUUGUUCUUUGAGUUUUGCCCCUUCUUGAAGGUUGCAUAUCUGAUCACAAAUCAGGCCAUUAUAGAAGCUAUGGAGGGGGAAAAGGUGGUUCAUAUUAUUGAUCUUUAUUCAAUAGAGCCUGCACAGUGGAUUAAUCUUCUUCAGAUGAUAAGUGCACGGCCAGAAGGCCCUCCCCAUUUGAAAAUUACUGGUAUUCAUGAGCAGAAAGGGGUAUUGGAGCAAAUGGCUCUUCAGUUGGUAGAGGAAGCUGACAGAUUGGACAUCCCAUUUCAAUUCAACCCUAUAGUGUGUAAAUUAGAGAAUCUUGAUCUUGAAAGUUUGGGUGUUAAGACUGGUGAAGCUCUUGCUGUCAGCUCUAUACUUAAGCUACAUUCUCUCUUGGCUACUGAUGAUGAUAUGCUAAGAAGAGACUCACCUGUGGCAUUAAAGAACCUGCAGAAAGUUUUCCAUAAUCGCCAGCGGCCUUUACGGGAGUUUCUUGACAAGGAUCUGAUCAAUUUGUAUUUGGCUAGCCUGGAUUCCACCUCCACAUCAUCCCCACUAUCUCUAUGUGCUUCCCCAAAAAUGGAGAGCUUUCUAAGUUCUCUUUGGAGCCUCUCACCAAAGUUAAUGGUAAUAACUGAGCAGGAAGCAGACCAUAAUGGUUUCACUUUAAUGGAGAGGGUCAAGAAAGCAUUGAACUUCUAUGCUGCUCUAUUUGAUUGCUUGGACUCCGCGGUAUCAAGAGCACCAAUAGAGCGACAUAAGAUUGAGAAGAUGCUUUUUGGUGAGGAAAUUAAAAACAUCAUUGCUUGUGAGGGAGCAGAGAGAAAGGAGAGGCAUGAGAAGCUUGAGAAAUGGAUUUCGAGGCUUGAGUUGGCUGGUUUCGGGAGGGUGCCAUUCAGCUACUACAGUAGAUUGCAGGCUGGGAGGCUGUUGCAGAUCAGUAAUUAUGGUGGCUAUAAUUUUAAAGAAGAAAAUGGAUGUUUCGUUAUCUGCUGGAAAAGUAUUCCCCUAUUUUCGGUUUCAGCCUGGAGAAGGUGGUCAAACUAAGAUUACUAGCUAUCUGCCCAUAUGAUUUUUCUUUUUCUUUUUCUUCCUGUGUCACUUGUUUUAGUUUCCUUUCUAUAUGUAGACUGAGAUAUUGUAUAUUUGGCUGAAACCACCAUAUUUGAAGCAAUUUAUGGAUAAUGAGUACUCUCUCCUUUUCUAGCA